UUGCAGUAGUUGGAUCAAAGUUUGUCUUAUUAAAAUAAAAUAUAGAUUUUGCCCCAAAACUACGAAUAAGGGCCAUAUUACCCCUUUAAUUCAAUAAAAUAUCAGUUACAGAACAUAAAAAAGUUAAUUUUAGACAGUUUAUCACGUUGAUUCCACACCUGCAUAGCAGGAUGCCUGAGGGCGUCCGUCGGUUCUAGAAGGUUAAGAAAACUAUCAAUUAAAAAUUUUCAUUUGCUGAAAACUAAUAAUUUAAAAUGUAACAAAUUACCUAUUUUUUAUUGAACUAAUGUUUCACUUUUUAUAUUGUAGAAAUUUUUAUUCUUAAAAAUGUGUUACAUAGAAUCCAAAACUGAGCAAUGUUUUAGUUUGAUUUUUUUUUUUUUAGCAUGUCCCCGCCCCUUUUGGGGGCUGAACACCCGCCCCCUAAAAUCUCCGUGUACGGCCCUGCUCCUGGCCAUUCACAGCUUCAGUGGGCGGAGUCAGCGGAGCCGGAUCGGGGGUCAUAACAACAUGAGUGUCCCCGGCGGCGAAACAUUCCCCCGCUUCGGUCUCCCGAGUGUGUCCGUGCUCCGAUGGAGGCUGGAGGCCGCCCGCGCUCUCUGCUGUGACCGCCCGCCUGUCCUCUCGGUUCGGGCCGAGGAUGGAUGGGAAGCCGCCUGCAGCCGUGCUGUCCCCGGCUCUCCUCCUGUCAGCGGUGUGUCUGUGCGCGGCGGCAGCAGACGUCCUGCAGCCGUACGACCUGCUGUACGACCACGCCGUGCGCGCCUUCUACGACAGCGACUAUGAGGAAACGGCGCGCGCCAUGGAGGGAGCGCUGCGCAGUCACGCGCAGCUGCGCCGCACCAAAGUCCGCUGCCGGCCGAAGUGUCAGGACCAGCAUCCGUUCGACGGGACCUUCUCGGACCUGCGCUUCUUCGACGUGGUGCUGCGGAGGUCCGCGUGUUUGGUCAAAUGCAUGGAGGACAAACUGGGAGCGCAGUCUCGGCAUAAGGUCAGCGAGGAUGUGGUGCAGGACUUCAACAGGAGGAUCCCCUACAACUAUCUGCAGCUGGCCUAUCAGAAGCUGAAGCAGCCAGAAAAAGCAGCAGCAGCAGCCCAUACCUAUUUCCAAGCUAACCCGGAACAUGUGGAGAUGGGUCAGAACCUGGAGCAGUACAAAGUCCUGGAGGGGGUCAGGGAGCAACACUUUGUGGACCGAGAAGUGCGGCCUCACCAGCGCUGCUUCACGGAUGCGGUGAAGUUCUACGACAAAGAGGAUUAUGAAGGAGCCAUUUCCCUGUUCGAGGAAGCGCUGGUGGAAUACUUCCAAGCAGAUGUGGCUUGUCGGGCUUUGUGCCAAGGUCCGCAGAAGUUUGAGGACCACGAUCACCUCCGUUACCGUUACAGCCUGCUGGAAGUUGUAUCAGAUCACUUCACUCAGGUGCUCCACUGUGAACACGAAUGCGUUCGGGACCUCGCCACCCGACCCGGCCGCCUCUCACCCAUGGAGAACUACCUUCCUCUGCACUACGACUACCUCCAGUUUGCAUACUUCAAAGUGGACAGGCUGGAGGACGCGCUGCAGUGCGCUCUGACCUACCUUUUGUUCCACGACGGAGAGGAGUUCAUGACGGAAAACGUUGAUUUCUACAGGGAGGUGCUCGGACAUGAUGGCGAGCCACGAGAGGACGCAGCGCGGUAUCUGAGACGACACAAACAGGAGCUGGAGCUGCUGCUGAUGGGCAGCCAAAUAAUGGGUGCAGAAUUCACUGAAGGGAAUUACUGGAGUAGUACAGGUGGAAGAAAUGACCUAAACAGGAUCCCCUCCAGCACUGACGGCGGGAUGGAGUUCGUUCCCAUCUCGGGGAAGAAAAUCGCCGCUCCACAGCAGCUGAAAGAAGGCGGCCCUUUGAUAUAUGAGGGCGUGCAGCUCGUGCAGAACUCGGGGGACUUGAACGGGACUCAGCGGGCUCUGUUUGAUCACAUUAUGUCUGAGCAGGACUGUGAGGAGCUCAGAAACCUGGCUCAGGCUGUCACCAUGGCUGGAGAUGGUUACAGAGGAAGGACUUCCCCCCACACGCCCAAUGAGAAGUUUGAGGGAGCAACUGUGCUUAAAACUUUACAGUAUGGCUACGAAGGCAGAGUUCCCAUGAAGAGCGCUCGCCUCUUUUACAACGUCAGUGAACGAGCACGACGAAUCGUAGAGUCCUACUUCAUGCUUAACUCCACCCUGCACUUCUCCUACACACACCUGGUGUGUCGGACAGCCAUCACAGGACAGCAAGAUCACAGAAAUGACCUGAGCCAUCCCAUCCAUGCAGACAACUGUCUGCUGGACCCUGAUGCCCACGAGUGCUGGAAGGAACCGCCAGCAUACACCUACAGGGACUACAGUGCACUGUUAUACCUAAAUGGAGAUUUUGAUGGAGGAGAGUUCAUCUUCACGGAAAUAGAUGCCAAAACAGUCACGGCGUCAGUGAAGCCCAAAUGUGGUAGAAUGGUGAGUUUCUCGUCAGGAGGGGAGAAUCCACACGGAGUGAAGGCCGUCACCAGUGGACAGAGGUGUGCCAUCGCUUUGUGGUUCACGCUGGACCCACUCUUCAGAGAACUGGAGAGACUUCAGGCCGAUGAGGUGAUCCAGGCUUUGGACACGCAGUCCGUGUGGAGUCAAAGCUUCAGCGUCAACCCAAAAGAUGAGCUUUAGAAGCAGAAAAGGCACAGUUUUCAGUCAAAUCCCUCCAAUAUUUUAAUUAUUUAUUGAGUGAGCUUUGAAAAAAGAACAUUACUAUUUUUGUAUUGUUUGAAAAGCUGGUCAGCGAUGUUGCCUAUUUGAUAUUUAGACUUUUUUUCUUGUAUUCAGUUGCCUCAUAAAGAUUAACGCUGUCAUUCUUAAUGUUUACAUUUCAUUUCUUUGGCUUGUGAUUUUAUUUUUUUUACAAUGAUCGAAUUCUUCAGAAACACUCUCAAUACCAAACUAAACUUCUUUUUUGGAGGUCAGAAAACCUAAAAUCCUCUUGAUACAUGGGACUGUUUUGUUGCCAUAACUUACAUCAAUGUUUUCCUGAUUUUACAUUUUGUGCCAGUAAGAAUAUCUGUCAAAAAAUGGAGCACUGUGUUGUUUCUUUUGUUUUAUUUUAGGGUUUUAGAUUUGAAAAAAGCACUCGUUUAAAUACCUUAGGGAGAAAAUCUUAUUUUAAGGUGAAUUUAUUGUUUGUUGUUUUUUCUCAUGAAAUUAUAAAUGUUUUCCUUUACUCAUGUCCACUGUGAAUGUGUGUUUAUAACCUGAUCUUAUUUAAGUGUUUUAAUGAUAGUGCCUUUCUAUUUUUUCUUUCUAAAAAAGAUGCCAGUCGUUCCUGUUUCAAGGAACACGUAUUUGUACGGGCUUUCUUCUGUUUUGUUUGUGUUUUGAUGCGGAUGAUAAGCAAAGUCGUGCACUGUAAAUCUCAUGGAUGCAUAAAGAAGUUACUUUGUUUUUCUGAAAGAAAAAAACGCUAACCAGAAAAAAAAAAUGAAAACAAAUUUUAGGUUGGCUACUAAUGUGUUUUUAAUAUUAAAUAAUGAAUGUUGUUGGUCGUUAAAUGUAUGUGUGCAGCCUGAAAAGUUUUGCAGAAUAAAGUCUAAUUUCAAUUUAAA